CCUUUUUUUUUCCCCCUUCUCUUUUUCUACUUGCUUAAUAACAUGUAUAUUUUUUAAUUUCUAUUUUAUCAGAAAUGAUGACUACAUUGAAAGAAAAGAAUUAUUAUCAGCUUGGCCUUUCAAAGGAAGAAUUAAAUACUUUAUAUGAAGCCUUUCAAUUAUAUGAUACAAAUAAAAAGGGAUUUAUUGAGCUGAAACAAUUUACUGAUAUUCUUAUUCAACUUGGCAUCUCAAAUGAGCAACUUUUACAUAUCAUUCAAUUUGCUACUAUAAAUCAUGAUAAUAAAAUUGAUUUUAAUGUAUUUGUCUUAGCUAUGCUUUAUUAUUUACCAUCUAGUAAUAACACGCUUACAGAAGAAGAAGAAAUAAUGGCAUGUUUUCAAUAUUUUGACCAAGAUCAAGAUGGUAGAAUUAGUCUAAAAGAAUUAGAACAAGUUAUGACAAGAUUAGGAACACAUUUAACUACAAAAGAGCUUAAAGAAAUGAUGUCUGUUGGAGAUAUCAACAAAGAUGGCUUUAUUGAUUUUAAUGAAUUUAAACAAUUGUUACCCCCAAUCUAAUAUUUAUACCCUAACCCUACCCUUUCCCUUUUUCCUAUUUACUAUCUAUUUACUUUCUUUCUACUAAAACUAACUACUUUGUAUUAUUAUUUUAAUAAACAAUAUUAUUAUUCUCUUCCCGCCUUUAUUAAUAUCAGAGAAAAAA